AUGGCUGCACCAGAUGAUGGCGCAUUCCGUAUCUUGGUGAUAAAUCCCAACACCUCCAUACAUAUGACAGAAGCCUUGAAACCUAUCCUGGAACGACUCAACUAUGCCGAUGUCCGAUUCAAAUACUUCACGGCACCCAAUGAAACUCUCACAAUCAAUGGACGCAAUGGACGCCUCUGCGAGCCAAUCGCAAGCAUCAAUUCAGGCGAAGAUUCCGCCAAAUCGGCGCUUAACUGCACUUCGGUUCUCGAGCUCGUCCCUCAAUACGAUGCCUUUUUGGUCGCAUGCUACUCCUGCCAUCCCCUGGUAGGAAUGUUGCGACAGCAAAUCAGAAAUACCGACCAGACCACGCCACGAAAGAAGUACGUGACGGGCAUUUUCGAAGCUAGCGUUACUGCUUCCUUGUCCCUGAUCAGUGCAUUUGAUUUUGCAAGCCCUGGAGCUCUGAAGAAGAAGCAAGUGGAAGAGACAUUCGGCAUCAUUACCACCGGUAGCGCAUGGAAAGAUGAGCUCACCAGAGGCGUAACGGAAAUGUUGGUGGGCCAGGGCUCAUCUCCCCGCUUCGCCGGUGUUGAGACUACCGGUCUCACGGCAGUCGAAUUACACACAACUGCAUGGGAGGAAGUGAAGCAGAGAAUCAUCGAGGCUACUCAAAGGUUGCUUCGGAAUGCACCCAGCCCCGUCGGUGCAAUUUGUUUGGGCUGUGCGGGCAUGGCAGGCAUGGAGGAAGCAAUCCGGGAAGGUUGUGUUCAAGCCUAUGGGGAGGAAGGUCAUCGAGUGAGAAUUGUCGAUGGCGUCGUUGCAGGAGCAGGGAACCUGGUGGCAUCCUGUAAAGCGGCAUUUUAA